AUGUUGAUUGGCAAAGUGGCCGUUUCCAAAACGCCUUGGCCUCUCCAACUUCUUACUAAAACUAUCACAGGAAAAAUGAAUGACAGCUACUACUUCAAAAGGCUCUCUACGAACCUUCGUUUGUUGGACGACAGAUUGGCUAAGAAAGGUGGUGGCUACUUUGUGGGAAAUAAGUUGACUGCGGCUGACAUUAUCUUGGACUUCCCAAUCAACGAGAAUAUUUUUGGAUCUGACACGCGGUUGGAGGGCGUCGACUUCAAAACGGAAUACCCCAACUUGUACAAGUGGCACCAAUUGACAACAAAGGAGCCACUUCAUGUUACUGCAGUCGAGAAAUCGAAGUUGUAA